AUGGCACAAGGAACUCCUGAAUCAGAUGUUGGGAGCUUUGAAUGUUUCACUAAUUACACUGCGCCUGAAGUGUUUAUUCAAGGACUUGCCGGGCUUGUCGACCAACAAGAUGUUGAAUCUAUGAUAAGAGCUCAAAAACAAAUGUUGCAAAGAUUUGAAAAAACUAAUGAAAUGCUUACCAAUUGUAAUCAAUUGUCUAUUAGCCGCCUUAAAUCUACUGGUGCUGAGUUUAAAAAACAUACAGCAUUGUUGACUGAAAUGAAGAAAGAUUUAGAUUAUAUAUUUAAAAAAAUUAGAGUCGUCAAAAAUAAGUUAAACCAGCAGUAUCCUCAAGCAUUUAAUGAAGCUGUAAGGAGUAGUUUGGCUGAGGAAGUGUUAGUUGAAGAUGUUCAUGAAGGACCAAAACCGUUAGAACCAGAAAUUAUUCCUCCAAUAACUGUUUCAUCUUCAGCAACUGAAAAAGAUCAGGACCCAGAUUCUGAUGUUCCAGUCGAGGAGUUUCAGUUCGCGAAGCUGCGUAAGAGAGAAUUAAAAAGAAAAGACGAUAGCUCAUCAACAGAUAGCAACAAUGAUCAAAGUCACGCUGACGAUUCAUCGGGUACAUCAGACACCAAUUGA